AUGCCCGAUCCAGUAUGGAUUCAUUUUAUUCAACUAGGAUAUGUGGUUGGGUUCAAACAAAAGAGAAGAGAAUUUACAUCUGAGCAAAAAAAAAAUUAUUUUAGAGAUUUAUAUGAAGAGAAUAAUAGUAACAUAUUUAUAAAUAUACUUAAUACUUCUAGCCCAGUUGUAUCAACAUCUGGAUCUGCUUUAGUUGCACCAACUGAUACUUCUUUAGCUAUAUCAACUUCAUCUACAUCUAAUAAAAAA